UUCCUAAAUGUUCGUUUUUUGUCUUCAUAAUCUCUCUGCAAUACUGCUAUUUUAUUAUUCGUUCCGGUUUGUUUUGGUUUUUAUAUCAGCAAUUCCUGCCGAGUCGGCUUUUAAUUUUUCCCCGCAAGAAACAUGUCCAAACUACGACUUGCUCUCAUUCAACUGGCUGUUACUGCUUCGAAAGAAGACAACCUACGCAAUGCCUCCAUCAAAAUUGCCGAAGCAGCUAAAAGAGCUGACAUUGUUGCGCUGCCCGAAUGCUUCAAUUCUCCAUAUGGCACUGGUUACUUCAAAGAAUAUUCUGAGGAAAUCCCUGGAGCUUCAACUGAAGUCUUAAGUAAAGCUGCAAAACAAAAUAAAGUUUACGUAAUUGGAGGUUCCCUUCCAGAAGCCAAGAAUGGAAAACUGUUUAAUACCUGCCCUGUUUUUAACCCAGACGGAGAGAUGAUUGCUCAGCAUCAGAAGGUACAUUUAUUUGAUAUUAAUAUUCCUGGGAAAAUAUCCUUCCAAGAGUCCAAAAUUUUGAACGCUGGCAAUAAAUUGACUACAUUUAAUACAUCAUUUUGUAAGAUUGGUAUUGGUAUAUGCUAUGAUAUCAGAUUUGCAGAAAUGGCACAGUUGUAUGCUAAGCAGGGUUGCAAGCUUCUUGUGUACCCAGGGGCUUUCAACAUGACCACCGGCCCGGCCCACUGGGAGUUGUUGCAGCGAAGUCGUGCUUUGGAUAACCAGUUGUACGUUGCCACGGUCUCACCAGCCCGUUCUGAAACAGCAUCGUACACUGCAUGGGGCCACAGUACCAUUGCUAGCCCUUGGGGUAAAGUGAUAUCAACCACUGAGCAUGAAGAAGACAUUGUAUAUGCUGAACUUGAUAUGGACUACGUUGACGAAGUGCGUGACCAAAUACCACUUACGAAUCAGAAAAGGAAAGAUCUUUACAAUGUCUCUGACCUUACAGAAUAAUUUUGCUAAUUGGAAGAACAAACAGUGCUGUGUGAUAUUAACUAUUUUUUUAUCUUUUAGUCAAAUUAUAGUUGUCAUUAUUAUUAUUAUUAUUAAUAAGGUGGUGAGCUAGCAGAAUCGUUAGCAUGCUGGGUUCAAAUUCCACCAAGGUCGACUUUACCUUUCAGGGUCGAUAAAUUAAGUACCAGUUGCGUACUUGGGUCAAUCUAAUCGACUGGGCACCCUCCCCCAAAAUUUCAGGCCUUGUGCCUAGAUUAGAAACGAUUAUUAUGAUUAAGGUGGUGAACUGGCAGAAUCAGUAGCACGCUGGGCGAAAUGCUUAGCGGUAUUUGUCCAUUUUUAUUUCUGAGUUCAAAUUCCGCCAAGGUCAACUUUGCCUUUCAUCCUUUCGGGGUCGAUAAAUUAAGUACUAGUUGUGUACUGGGGUCAAUGUAACUGACUAGCUACUUCUCCCAAAAUUUCAGGCCUUGUGCCUAUAAUAGAAAGAUUUAUUAUUAUUAUUAUUAUUAUUAUUAUUAUCAUUAAAAAGACGGCAGAAUCGUUAGCACAUUGGGGAAAAUGCUUAGCGGCAUUUUGUCUAUUUUUACGUUCGGAGUUCAAACUCCGCUGAAGUCAACUUUGCCUUUCAUUCUUCCAGGGCCAACAAAGUCCCACUCAAGUACUGGGGUCAGUGUAAACGAUUUACUCCUUCUUCUGAAAUUGCUGGCCUUGUGCCAAAAUUUGAAACCAUUAUUAUUAUGUUAUAAUUAAUAAUCAUUAUGAAUGAUAGUAGAUUAGCAGAAUUAUUAGAGCCUCGGGUUGGGGUGGGUAAUAUUUUGCAGUAUUUGUUCCGAUUCUUUACACUUUGAGUUCAAAUCCUACUGGCAUCAAUUUAGCCUCUGAUCCCUCCAGGGUCAAUAAAAUAAAAUACCUUUUGUAUAGAGUGGGGAUGUGAGUUGGGUGGGCAAUGAUAUCAACUAAAUCCUUCCCCUGAAAAACACUGACCUUGUGUUUAAAUUAGAAACAAUUAUUACAAUAUAAUUAAUUUAUUAUUAUUAUUUAUUAUUAUCAUGAAUAACUGAGUUUGAAAUGCUGCUUGAAGUCGUGUUUGCUUUUCAUACUUAUGUGGUUGAUAAAAUACCAGUCACGUACUGGGACUGAUGUUAUCAUCAACAAAUCUCUCACACACCCCACCAAGAAAAAAAUAAAAGUUGCUGUCCUUGACCUAAAUUAACCCAUUCGUGCCAAACUUUUUUUCUAGUGAAUGAAAUUGCCUGCAAAUUCAGAUACUUAUUAUUUUGACCUAAAUAACAACUGGAACAAAUUUCUUUGAAAUCCGCUUGAUACAGACUGCAUACACAAAUUAUAGUGGAGGCGCAAUGGCCCAGUGGUUAGGACAGCGGACUUGCGGUCAUAGGAUCGUGGUUUCGCCUCCUAGACCAGACGUUGUGAGUGUUUAUUGAGCGAAAACACCUAAAAGCUCCACGAGGCUCCGGCAGGGGGCGGUGGCGAACCCUGCUGUACUCUUUCUCUCACUCUUUCUUCCUGUUUCUGUUGUACCCAUAUUUCAAAGGGCCAGCCUUGUCACACUCUGUGUCACGCUGAAUCUCCCCGAGAACUACGUUAAGGGUACACGUGUCUGUGGAGUGCUCAGCCAUUUGCACGUUAAUUUCAUGAGCAGGCUGUUCCGUUGAUCGGAUCAACUGGAACCCUCGACGUCGUAAGCGACGGAGUGCCAACAACAAACGCAAAUUACAAUUUGUAUCAAGUAUUUGUUUUAUACCCAUAUAAAUUAAGGGUCAGUUGAAACAAAUGGUCGGCAUGAAUGAGUUAAAAAGCAAUUAUUUGAGGGCAGCGAAAUUAAGCAAAAGUGACCAUCUAACAAAAUAUCUUUACAUUCUGAGUUCAAAUUCUGACAAGGUCAAAUUUGCCUUUCAUCCCUCUGGGGUCCAUUGACCCUUUUGUUACCAUAUUUUGGUUGAAAUACACUGCCUUUGCCUCAAUUGAUUUCUAAACUAUUGAAGAAUUUACUCAAAUAAUUGUCCUCGUUAACCCUGGAGCAUUCAAAUUAUUGUCAAAUGCAAUGCUUAGUUACUCACAUUGUUUUGAAUUAAUUAUCUUGUACUUUCGAGAUUUCAAUGAUGUGAUUGUAUAUUUUUAGAAUGGUAUUGUAGGGUAGGUGUGAGAGGCUGGAUACGGCCAGUUUGAACAUAAAAGCAAUAGAAUAUUUGGGCCACAUGUGUCCAGUUUAACCCUUCAACAUUCAAAUUUGUCAAAUGUAAUGUUUAUUCAUCUGAAUUAAUCAUUGCAUUGUCUCAUCAAUAAUGUGAUUGUUUAUUUUUUAAAAUGAGUUGGUGUUAGAGCGCAGAGCUGGCUGAUUCAAAGAUAAAACAGAAUAUUUUGGCCAUUGUAAGUGCUAAAGGGUCAAGCUGGUGUGUGGAAUAUUAACAUAUAAGUUUGAUCGUUUUCAUUUAGAUCUCUUUUAAAACAGUUUCUAUCAUGGAACCAGUCUCAGACAUGUUCGUAACAAAAGGCUUAAAUGAAGUGCCAGUCAAGUACUAAGGCCAAUAGAAUAUACUAAACCCCUUCCCCUCAAAAUUGCUGGCCUUAAUCAGAAACCAUUAUUUUUUUUUGUUAUCUUUGUACAUUUUACUUUUUUUAUUCUGUGGGUUUUCUAUUUUAUUGGAUAAUAUUUUUUAAUUCUAAGAAAAUAUAAAGUAAUAUUUGCAACAAACUUGAA